AUGAAGUUCUUACGUUUUCGGGUUUUUAACUUACUUCUUUCUUCCUACAUUAAUCUUCUUUUCUCUCUCUUUCUUUUCCACCCUUUAAACUUCUCUAUUCCUCUUUCUUUUCCACCAUUCAAUCCACUUCGCCCUUUCUUUUCCACCCUUUCUUUCUUUUCUUUUCUUUUCCACCAUUUCUCUAUUCCUCUUUCUUUUCCACCAUUUCUUUUUCCACUUCCAUUCAAUCCUUUCUUUCUUUUCCACCCUUUAAACUUCUCUAUUCCCUCUUUCUUUUCCACCAUUCAAUCCUCUUUCUUUUCCACCCUUCUCUAUUCUUUUCCAACCAUUCAAUCCCUUUCUUUCUUUUUAUUUUCUAUUCCUAUUCCUCUUUCUUUUCCACCAUUCAAUCCACUUCGCCCUCUUUUUUUCCACCCUUUAAACUUCUCUAUUCCUCUUUCUUUUCCACCAUUCAAUCCACUUCGCCCUUUUUCUUUUCCACUAUUUCUUUCUUUUCCACCAUUAUCCACUUUCCUCUUUCUUUUUUCCUUUAAACUUUCUAUUCUCCUUUUUCACCAUUCAAUCCACUUCUCCCUCUUUCUUUUCCACCCUUUAAACUUCUCUAUUCCUCUUUCUUUUCCACCAUUCAAUCCACUUCUCCCUCUUUCUUUUCCACCCUUUAAACUUCUCUAUUCCCUCUUUCUUUUCCACCAUUCAAUCCACUUCUCCCUCUUUCUUUUCCACCCUUUAAACUUCUCUAUUCCCUCUUUCUUUUCCACCAUUCAAUCCACUUCGCCCUCUUUCUUUUCCACCCUUUAA